AUGAAACGAAGAACAAUUAUCCAAGAUAACGUCUAUAUUCAGUCGACAUGUGGACUCUUCUUCAAUUGGCUUGUCAAUUAUGGCGUGUCGGUGACCUUUCCCCUCCUAAUCGCCAUCGGCUACAGUCUCCCAGUUCCCGCUAAUGCAGUUAUCGACCGAUUCCUCUGGGGGAACACGUUCAGCACGCAGCAACUUCUUGGAAUUGGAUUAUCGUUCGCCGCAAUGAUCCUCAUCGUCAUUCCACUCCCACAAAAUGAAGAGAAAAGCGAAAGCAAGAAAUUGCCGAGCAGUUACUCUAGCUCGCCAAGUGAUUAUGAAAAGGCCGAGACUCUGCCUUUCAAUUCCUAG